UACGGUUAGAAUCCUCUCGUUCCGCUACUCUUCUAUUCCAGAAUAGAUCCAGUCAAUUUACCGUGAGCGAAAACCGUCCCUUAAAUCUAUCUGAAGCGUUGUGUCCGUCGUACGGUGGAGCUGACAGGGUGUGUAACCGGGUGUGUUGUUUUUGUGUAGCCCGAGCAGUCGGUGCCCCAAGUGCAAAUCUGCCGUUAUUGGAGCAGAAACUGCUUCGCUUCCAGUGCCUUUUGCAGUGUGAUUGUAUUGCUGCUGUCAUUCUCGGACGGGGUCCGGUGAGUCAUUUUGUGUUCUCGCCGUUCGAGUUGUUUACGGCCGUCCUAGGACUUGAGUUAACUUGGCAGGCCGAGCUUCCAUAACGAAGACACAGUUCAAUGUGUAAAUCUUCCUCAUCUCCAGCAUCUCCAGGACCCUGCAAUUCCAGGGCAUGCCUAAUACAGAUGAAGCCGAAAUCCUGCAUCAGUGGCCAUAACUCCGUAAACAACAACGCAAAGCCAUUCAAAACGCCCAAAGACAAUCUCAUUACCUCCAGUAGCAAACUGCAUAUGGUCUUUUCUUCAAAAGUCUCAAGAGAUAAACCUUGUGUUCCUGUUCCCAUAGUCAGCCUAGAGAAAAUCCCUAACCUAGUGAAGGCAGAUGGUGCCAAUGUUAAAAUGAACUCGACGGCCGCUCCUGCCGUCGCCGCCUCCUCCGCCUCUUCGUCAUCCACCGUCCCUGCUCCAAUCAAGUCCGCUUUGACAUCCAAAUCGGUGCCGCCGUCACCCGAAAAGAUUCUGAACGGCAAAGGAGGCCUCGUGACACCCGUAGACAAGAAGCACCAAAACAGCACCAAAAACAGUAACAAGUCUUACAAGAGGGUUUCAGGUGCCAGAGUGCGAGAACGUGGUCAGCAAAGAGGAAAGGAGGAGUCUGUGAGGAGGGUGACAGAAGGUCCAGCAGGCAAGUCAUAUAAGGAGAGGCUGAAGGAGCUGGAAAGAGAGUUUGACCCAAAUAAACAUUGCGGAGUAUUGGACCCCGAAACCAAGAAACCCUGCACGAGGUCACUCACCUGCAAGACUCAUUCUCUUAACCAUCGACGAGCAGUUUUAGGUCGCAAAAAGCAGUUCGACAUCCUUCUAGCUGAACACAAAGCUCGAUCGCGGGAAAAGGAAGUGACGAAAGACAAAGAUCACCCACAAUCCGUAAGGGAAACGCAUCAAAGCCAACCCAUAUCAGGCGCAGAUGCCGUAACAGGAUCAUCCGCGAACUCCGGGCAAGAACUUAAAGGAGCAUCACCUGCCAAAUCUAGACAGCCCAACUCAGUAUUUCCUAGGCCCUCCUCUUCAAACAGCAUAAACAGCAGCAGCACCUCUUCAAAUCACAGCGGGAACGUACAAGAAUUGCCUCUCCCAGCCUUGGGGGGAGACUUACUCUGCAGAUUAUCCAGCGAUGAAGGAGAAGGAGAAGGAACCGAAGAAGCCGAAAAAUUAGACUGCUCCUAUUCGGGGCACCAUCCUCGGCCGCUUGGGUUCUGUUCAUUUGGAAGUCACCUGAUGGGAAGAGGAUACUACGUAUUUGAUAGGAGAUGGGACCAUUUUCGGCUAGCACUAAAUUCUAUGGUAGAAAAACACUUAAACUCACAAAUGUGGAAGAAGAUCCCUCCUGCGGUGGAUAGCCCCAUGCCGUCUCCAGCAGCCCAUAUCAGCAGCCCCUUCCCGUCCUCCGUCCUCCAACCUUUCAGUAACCCCACCUCGGCCUACAUUCCCUCCGCGCCCGUCAGCUCAAGAAUCCCUCCUUCUUACGUCAUGACUUCCGCCAUGUUGUCCAACGCCGCUUUGGCGACGGCGUCGGACACCAACUCCAUAACGUCCCACGCCACCGCCUUCCCUCACGUGGCGGCCAGCCUGAGCAUCGUCGACUCCACUUUUAAGAUGCCGUCCGCCCUGUCGCCGCUGCCGGCCGUCAUCCCUUCCCCGUCUCACAAGCCAUCCAAAACGAAAACCAGCAAAUCCUCCAAAGUCAGAGACCUGUUGUGUCGCGGUGACGAGCCUUCGAGUAACAAAAAGAGAAAGCUGCCGUCGUCUUCCUCCUCCUCCUCCUCCUCCUCUUCUUCGUUAUCUUUGCAGACUUCCUCCUCGUCCUCGUUUUCAGGGGCGCACAGGAAGAACUGUGUCUUGAACCCCAGUUCCACCCUCAAUUCUUACCAGGCGACAGCUUCCUAUAACAGCCUGUCUGUGCACAACACAAACAAUGGAACAAGCCCCUUCAGUGCCAAAUCAGAGCCCUCAGGACGGACUUCGCUCUCCGGUAGCGCGGCGGCGGACUCGGUGAAACAUAUGAGCAUCGUCGUGAGCAGUAUUGACCCCUCAAGUUUCUCUGUCCCUUCCCUGGUGCACCCUUUGGCGGACCACUCCCUCGCCCCGCACAACGCGGUCUCUUCUCUGCCCCUUUGUUUUGACAAAUCGGAAGGGAAAAAACGCAAGAACUCAAGCGCUAGCAGCAAAGCCUGUAAAAUCACUAAAAUGCCUGGAAUGAAUAGUGUUCAUAAAAAGAGCACAGCCAAUCUCAUUUCUCCGGUGCCGGAUACGCCAAACAACGCCAUCUCUCGACCGAUUGGGAAAAACAGUGGUGUAGCUUUGUCCCAGUCCAGUCCUUCAAGUACAUCAAAUCUAAUGCACAACAAACAAAAAACGUUAAGUCGGCCUGGUAGGAUAAGGACUCUUCCGUGAAAUAAGGAGAACCAUCUCUAUAUUUUUGCAGCCCUUCUCCAAGCCAGCUUAUUGGUUUCUGUGUCCUGCAGAUAUUUUUUCGUAAUUUUGUAUUAAAAUCGUUCGUUUUUUUCCCCCAUAAAAUUUGUAGUCAUGGUUUACUUUAAUUUCUUACAUGUGUUGGCCUCUGAUCUGUGCAAUCGGUCUUGAUUUUUUUUUAAAUUAAUGCCUUCGGAAGGAAAUUUACUCUUUUCUUUUUAAGUUUCUUGCAACAACGGGAGAGUGGCGGACAUUUUGAAAUAAUGCCAUUUGUGAUAAAAAAAAGAGAAUAGAUUGAGCAAAGCUAUUAUUUUCAAUUUGCAGUAACUUCUGUAUUAAUUAUUGUCCUCGGGAUCAAAAGAAAAAUGUCCAUCCAUUUUGCUGACUUAACGGUUACAAGUUUCAGUGUUUCUAGAUUCUUGCCACACACUGAAGGGUUAACGCAUCUAACUAUUGCCAAUAUUAUAGGAAUAUUGUGUGACCCUUUCCUCAUGCCCUGGGUGAAGGGGCUAAGAAAAGGACUGCUGUCCUUCGUAAAGCAUUAUUCUAAAAUAAAAGACAGAAGUUGGACAUAACUGAAAUUGCAUCAGUCGAAUUGCACUGACAAUGUUUUUACAGGAAUUACUGAUUUUUUAAAAAAAACGAAAGUAGAUUUUUUUGUAAUCAGGAAACCAAUUAUACUAAGGUACUUACAAAAUUACUACAAAGGAAAUAACUUUUUCUUUCUACAGAAUUAAAAGUGCACUUAAAUGCCGGUUUAUUUACAUCUUGGGGAGAAAUGAAAAACGAAUGCAAAUAGAUUUAUUAGCUUCUUUCCUUUUAAAGUAAAGGCUUAUGGCAAAUUUUAAAACAUAGGGGAAAAAAAUGUUUAACAACAAUAAACAAGGCUAGGCCUCUUUGGGGGAAAUUAGAAAAUAUUCUCCAAAUAAUUUUUAUAAUGUUAUUGUAAUUUAUGUUUUUCUUAUACUUGGGAAGUGACAAGAGUAGUUUCAUGAACGAUGUGAAACUUAAGAAAAUAUAAGCAAUGGUUGUAUUUUUCAUGUAUUUUGAGUUACGUUUUAUUGUACAUUCUUCAGAUUGGAAAAAAAAAUAUGUACAUAUCUUUAUUUUUGCACAAUUUUUUUUUUUUUUGUCAUUGGUUGUAGGAACAGAGCCUCGUUUUUUAAAAACUAAUUUAUUUUGUGUUGUGUAGCUGCAGGAGUUAUGAAAUUUCAGUAGCAAAACAACACUCCGAUGAUCGAACUGCUGAUCUAUAUUUUUGAGGGGGUGGUGGGGAAAGAUACAAUGAAUAUGAAUUUUGAGUGGCUGCUGAAGGAAAAAAUUAAUAAUGUCAAGACUUCUUUAGCUUAACAUGCAUCUAUUAUGUAGAAAGCUGGAUAUUUGUGGGUGUUUUGGAAUAACGCUCAUUUUAAACGUUUCAUUUUCCGUGACUUAGAUCUCACAGAAUUUUGGAAACCUAAGUAUCAAAUACAACCCUCCACAUUUUGUCCCAUCAUUUUUUUUUUAAAAAAAAGGUCAUUAUAUAUACCAAAAUGGUAUAUAUAUAAUGUGGUUUUAAAAAUGGAAAUGGACUGGACCAGACUGUAUUGUAGUGUAGCAUUUGUUAAACUGUUUUUUUUUUCGCCCCUCCUUUCCAACCAUUUUCCCUUCUACACCCCCAGCUUUCCAGAAGACGUGAUUUCCAGCAAUAGAGGCACAGAAACUUUGGUCGUUAACACAUAACGCAAUGCAUAGGCCCAGUCAGCCAUAUUUUAAAAAAAAUUAAAUUAAAUUUAAAAAAAGCAAACUUGGAAUAACUUUGUAUGCCUUCUUUUGUAUCGAUGUUAACAAUUGUACAUAGUGCGGAUCAACCUUUGUAGAGAAUAGUUUAUACAGCAUAUUCUAUUAUUGCCGAUUCUCAGUGAACUCUUGUUUAAAAAAAAAAAAAGAAGAAGAAAAUUUUUUCUAUCUACACCUUCUAUUUUGUUACGCUGUUUUACCCAUGGCACUUUAACGAAACUUUGGGUUUUACAUAGCUGGUCAGUCAUGGGAAAUAAAUAAAUUUUAAAAAAAAACAAACAAACUGUUGCACAGAAGUGAAAUUUGCACCUCCUCAAUUAUGCUUUCCUACUACAGAUUUUAGAACCUUUUUCGAAGAAGACUUUUGAAGAUAAGCACGUCCAAUCAUUCUAAAAAUGAAAAAAAAUUGCCAUAUGUGUACAGUGGAUUUCUUUUCUACGGACCCAUAUUUUGUAACACUAUUUUCCUCCUCCUGCACCUUUUAUGUAUUAGCAGUAUCAAGAGAGAAACCAUUCCAUGCUUGUGAUAAUUGUAAGUGUUGAAAGUAGAUGUAAAUAGUAAAAAUUUAUGACUUACAGUUUUGAGAAAAGGGAAAAUAAAGAACAAACGUAUGUAUCUGACUGAUACUGCCAAUGUUUUAGCACCAGGCCUAGAGAUAUUCUCUAGCGGGCGAUUGUAUUUCUUUUGUUAUUUGUUGGUUUUGCUUUAUUAUUAUUAUUGUUAUUAUUAUUAUUAUUAUUUGUAACAUGGCUUUGUAAAUAAAAUAAUUUAUAUGUUUCUAAGAAAAAAAA